UUUUCAAUUUUUAUAAUUAAUUAAUAAGAUAAACUUUUAAAUUAAUUAAAAUUCGAAAUACUACUAUGGUACUUGACGUUAACCUUGCUUACCAAGGCGAAGAUCCAGGAGCUGUACAGUAUGGGAAUUUCAUAAACUAUUACUCCUUUCACAAUUCAAAUCAAAGAAUAGAAGGUCUUCAUGCUUCAAUGUUUCCAAAUAUUGACACUAAUGAAGAUAUUAUAUGUUUGGAUAUUGGAUGUAAUACAGGAGAACUCACAAAAGAAGUUUAUGAAUAUCUAAAAAUUAAAAUUUACCCAACAUCUUCAAUUCAUAUUCUUGGUGUAGACAUUGACCCAAUUCUGAUACAAAGAGCUAAAGACCUCACAAACAUAAGUGAUAUUACAUUUAUAAAAUCAAACAUAAUGAAUGAAGAGGAUCAAAAGAUAAUUGCACAAUACUUAAAUUCAUAUAAUAAAAAAAAGUUUGACAUAGUGUUUUGUUUUUCUGUUACAAUGUGGCUACAUAUAAACAGUGGUGAUGAAGAAUUUUCAAAUUUUUUAAAAUCCUUUAAGAAUUAUACAAACUCAUUAAUAAUAGAACCACAACCAUGGAAAUGUUAUAGGAAUGCUCAAAGACGAAUGAAGAAAUCUGAUAGUAAUUUCCCUCUUUACGAAUCAUUGAAAAUAAGAAGCAAUGUUGAGUUAUUUAUUGUAGAUACUUUAACAAAGAACGGUUUUAUAAAAACAUAUGAAUCUCCUCCAUCAAAAUGGAAUCGAAAAAUACAAAGUUUUCACUCAAUUAAAUAAAUAAAUAUUAAGACUUGUUACAAUUA